CUUCGCUGGCUGAUUUGGCAUUUCUGUGUACUCGCCAACUUUCUCCCUUCUCUUCGAGACGGGCCGAAGCGCAGCCGCAGCCAAGACGACGCGGCCCCUCUCGUACAUGACCAGCGUCGCUCUCGGCAAAGAAUCUCUUUUCCUCGCCAGCCCGCACGUGUCCUUCCUCGCCCUCGCGCAGUCGUUCCGGAUUCCCCACACGCCGUGCAGCAAGUCCAGCAUGGUCGCCAUCCAGACUCCGUUCACGGACCUCCGCGUGCUCGCCGACGCGCUCGACAAGUCGCCGACCAACGACGCGCCCAAGCUCACAUCCGCCGCGACGUCGUGGAAGAGCCCCACGCACGAGAACGAAGACCGGUCGCUCGUGCACCAUGGUGACCGAUACGCCCUCUUCGCCGUCAUGGACGGCCAUGGCGGCGCCUUGGCCUCCGAGUACGUCAAGACGCACCUUGUGAGCGUCAUCGACGAGCAAAGUGAGAUUACAAAGGCGAGCCUCGAAACCGCUGUCGCGACGCUUGAAGCGCGCUUCAACCAGAUCGCGGCCGACGCCAGCGACUACAGCGGUGCUUGCUUUGUCGCGCUUCUCGUGCUCCAAGAUGGCUCGCACCGGCGGUUCGUCAUGAACCUUGGCGACUGCCGCAUCGCGGCGCUCGAGGUGUCGCCGCAAGCCCACCCGAAGCGGCAAGUCCACGCGCUGUCCACGGACCACAAGGCGAGCUGCCCGCUCGAGAAGCGGCGCAUCCUCGUGGCUGGCGGCUCCGUCGUCGGUGGCCGCGUCGCCGGCGUCCUAGCUCCUUCCCGGUCCAUUGGCGACAUUGACAUGAAGGCCAAGGGCAUGGAAGGAUGGGUCGUCGCGGUCCCCGAGAUCUCGGAAGGCAAGAUCGCCCGUAACAGUAUUUAUGUCCUCGCGACCGACGGCGUCUGGGACGUCCUCUCCAACGACGAGGUUCUCGACAUUGCCGAAGACGUGCUCGACGACGAGUACGAGAAGAACUGCCAGCGCGCAAGCGAUGCGAUUGCCAAGGAAGCAGUCGAGCGUGGCAGCCGCGACGACAUUACGGCCAUUGUCGUCCGCACGAGCUAAGACGCAGCAGCAGCGUCCCGUCCACGCCACCACAAUUUCUACUAGUCCUUUUGUCUACCAGCAAUAAAAACGUCGUGUAUAUUCGCCUUACCCAA